AUGUGGUUCAGUUCCUUGACGAAGAGGCUUCCUGGUGGGGAUGCUGACAUUGAGAAUCAUGAAACAUCAUCAGGUUUAAAUGAUUUAAAUGAACCUUUAUUGAAGUGUCACAAUUACGAUGACAAGCAUUCUGAGGGGCAUAUGUCAAAGGAAAUAACGGAUGAAGAGCGAAGGAAGGCAGAUCUUCAGUGGGAAUCUUUGUUCUCCAACUUGAUUAUGCAGUGGACAAACUGGAUGGCUAACAUUGUCCAAGGAUCUGGAACAUCUAUUGUACAACUUUUUCGUGUACAUUUUAACAUCCAAAAUGGACAAAACCAGAAAGUUGCUGCACCUGCUCUUAGUACUUUACAGAAAGAGAGGCUGAAAAGGCUACAGAAACGACUAGAAGUCCCCUUUGAUGGAUCUCAGCUGGAGCAUCAAGAUACUCUUUGGCAGUUAUGGAGAUUGGCUUAUCCUAACAGGGAGCUUCUAUAUCUUAAAUCGGAGCUUUGGGGGGACAUGGGAUGGCAAGGGACGGACCCUUCAACAGAUUUUCGGGGUGGAGGGUUCAUAUCAUUGGAGAAUCUCAUCUUUUUUGCCAAGAACUAUCCGGAAUCUUUCCAGUGUUUGUUGCACAAAAAAGAUGGAAACCGGGCUGAUUGGGAAUAUCCGUUUGCUGUUGCAGGCAUCAAUAUUUCCUUUAUGUUGGUUCAGAUGUUGAAUCUGCGAACACCCAUCAAGCCUGGCUGGAAUUCGUUUUCUGCAACUACUCGGUGA